AUGGCGGUACUUGAUGUCCUCCAGCGGUUUUCAGAUAUCAACCCCCUCUUCUUCGCGAUAGUCGGGCUAGCCUUGACAGCAUACGCUAUUGGCGCACUGUCCUACUCGCAUCGCGUCCCUAAGAAUGCGCCACCUCAAGUCAAAGACGAUCUUCCAGUCGUCGGAGCUCUUGGUUUCUGGACCCGAAGAUGGGAAUGGUGGAGCGAGCGACGCGACCAGUCCAAGACGGGAACCUUCUCUUUCCAUGCUGGGCCGAACAUGAUUGUUGCGCUUUCAGGAGAUAAAGGGCGCCAGCUGUUCUUCGAGUCGAAAGAUCUGGGCUUCACCGAAGGAUAUGCUGUGUUGUUCGGUAACUCGCCCAAAGUUUCCAGGACCAUCACCGCCGAGGAUAACAAUCUCAGCUUCAGCGCCAUGUUCCAUCGCCGUCUUAAUUUCUUCUUGAAGAACGACCAAUUCCGUCGCAAGCUGCCUAUCUUGAUAUCCGACACAAAGCAAGCUCUCGAAGCCAUCAAGAAUGAGCCCAGUGGCCGCACCAAUCCCUUUGAGAGCCUGUACCGGAUCGUCUUCCGUCUCACCAUCCGCAUGGUAGGCGCUACUGAGAUUGCCGAAGACCCUCAGAUGCUGGAGGAGGUUCUAAAGAUGUUUGAGACGAUUGAAAGCAGCUCUACCGCUACGUCAGUCUUGUUUCCGAAGCUCCCUUUACCGGCUCUCUUGAAACGGAACUGGGCAGGAGCGCAACUGUAUAUGAUGAUCGACAAAAUCAUCAAGAAGCGUGCGUCAAGCGACGAGAAGCACGAUGAUGCGCUGCAGUACUUGCUGGAUCAGGGUGAUCGCGCCGAGAGAGUCGCUCAGUUCGUCGUUGGAGCGUUGUUCGCCGGUCUACUCAACAGUGGUAUAAAUGUAGCCUGGGUAAUGUCCUAUCUCGCCACCUCACCCGAGUGGCUCGCCAGAGCGAACGACGAAGUCCGCAGUAAUGCGGCGAGGUACGCUAAGAACCCGACCGCACCCUUGCUCCAGCAGCUCGACGACGUACCUAUAGAGGCAUGGGAGGGCGAGUUCCCAGUCAUCGACAUGUGCCUGCGAGACUCCCUACGUCUGAACCUGCUCGGCACGGCCUUCAGGCGGAACAUCAGCGGCAAGAACAUACCCACGGGCAACGGCGACGAAGUCAUACCACCCGGCGCAUUCGUUACAUACGCCCCGGGCGACAUACACUACGAUCCAGAGAUCUAUCCCGACCCACAAAAGUGGGAUCCGGCUCGAUACAUGCCAGAUCGUGCGGAGGACAAGAAGAAGGCAGCACAUGGCUUCCUUGGCUGGGGGUCAGGACGGCAUCCGUGUUUGGGCAUGCGCUUUGCGAAACUCGAGCAGAACAUCAUCACGGCGUACUUUAUUGCUACUUUUGACUUCAAACUUGAAGAUGAGAGUGGCAAUGUGCUCAGUGUCGCCCCUUUGGUUGACCGCAAUGGGCAUUCGGCGCAUAAGCCCAAGGAGCUGCAGUUCCUUAGGGUUACAACUAAGGAGACGUAG